AGGUCGCAGUUUUGGCUCAAGCCGCGUGGCUUGAGCGCAUUCCGGGCGUAUGGUUUCCUAUUAGCAGCAGCUCCAGCAGUCUGUUCCAUUCGGUCUGCAGGCGAUGGCUCCCAAGGCAGACGCCAAUGCCAAGGCCAAGCCGAAGGCCAAGCCCGAUGGUCCGAAGGACGAGUCCGCCGGACACAUCCCGGGGCCGGACAAGGCAGCCAUGGAAAAGAAGAUGGAAGCCAUCACGGCGGAGAUUGACAAGAUGAAGGAGAAAAAGGAUAAGCUGAGCGAGCAGAUCAACUCUCGUUCUGGCGUGAAGGACGAGUUCUUCAGCAAGAAGAGCGAGAUCUCCGCCAAGAUCGCGGGCUUCAAAGAGAAGAUCGAUGCCCUCCAUGCCCAGAAAGAGGAGCUGCAGAAGGGUGUGACGGAGAAGAAGGGCGAGAAGACCCAGAUGGUGCAGGAUUUGAAGAAGAUGAAAGCUGCCAUCGGCUACAAGAGUGAGGAAGAGAUGGACGAAAGGAUGCGCACGAUCGAAUACCGCCUGCAGACCGAGACGAUCCCGCUGAAGGAGGAGAAGGAGCUCCUCAAAGAGAUCCAGGAGCUGAAGCGCAACCGCCCGAAGGUUUCCCACGUCAACAAGUUGGAGGAAGGCCUGAGCAGCUUCGACGCUGGCGGCGGUAUCAAACAGACUCUGCAGACGAUCAACGAGCAGAUCCGGAACUGGAUGCAGGAGAAGUCUAAGGUGCUCGAGGAGAGAGACGCGCUCAACAAGGAGUACGAGGGGAAGCUGGGCGAUCAAAACGCGUAUGAGGAGCGAAACGAGCUCAACCAGAAAAUCAGGGAGAAGCAGGAGGAGAGGAACAAGAUCCGCGAGGAGUUCCGCGAGGAGGAGAGAAAAUUCCGGGAGCUGCUGAACAAGAAGAGGCAGGAGCAGCAGGAGAGGUACGCCGCGGAGCGCGAGGCCAGGCAGAAGGAGUGGGAGGAGCGGAACCGCCAGAAGAAGGUGGAGAAAUUGGACGAGCAGCCCUUUGUGACAGAGAUUACGCUGAUUGAGCAGACAAUCAAAUUCUGCAAGAGCCUAACGGCCUCGAAGGAGGUGGAGAAGAAGGAGGAAGCGAAGGACAUCGAGCACAAGAACAUGGAUGGCUUGCAGGUCCUGGGGAAGAAGGACGACCGGGAUGAGUUCUGGUUCGAGCCCACGAAGGCCAAGAAGAGUAAGGGCUCCAAGCCGAAGGGCAAAGAGGGCACUGGCAAGCCGAUCAAGCAUAAUGCAGAAACGUUCAAGCUCUUUGACCAGCUCAAGCUCAACGCGCCGAUCACGCUCGAUGACAUACCGCCAACGCUGGAGAAGCUGGAGGCUGAAUUGGCAAAGUACGAGGAGAAGGUCGCAGACUGGGAGAAGAACAAGGAGGAUCGCAAAGCCAAGAUCCUUGCGGGCGAGGAUGUGGAGGAAGAGAAGGAGGACAAGACGCAGACCAAGGAGGAUGAGAAAACAGAGGACAAGGCCGAGGAGAAGGAAGACGAGUGAGCGGAGGGCCAACUAGCUUGCACCGUUGGACUUGGCGCAUGGGCUUCACAAAGAACAGUGGUGGUUUCUCCGCUCUUUUCCGGCAGCGGCGAAGCGUCCUGGCCCGCCUAUAGAAUGGCGGGACGGUGGGCGGUAGGGCUACAGCGGUUCCUCCUCCUCCUCCUCCUCCUCCUCCUCCUCCUCCUGCUCAAUCCUUGGCCCGCCUCUCCGCCGGCUCGUCGGGGAAGCGGGCCUCGGCCGCCGGCGGAGCGCGCGCGGGGCGCCUCUCUGGUGCGCCGGGUGUGGGCGUGCGCGCGCGUGCGCUCCCGUGCAGAUCUCUUGGCGCGGAGGCUGUUGCCGUCGUCCUCCCACGGCUCCUGCUCAUGUUCCUGCGC